UGAAUCUUAGAUAAGAUGCCCCGAAGGUCACAGCACUUCAGACAAUCCCUUUUGUCGACAGCGUUUAUGUCCGCCAUGUUGAUUUUGUUGCUUUCCGUCCUGCAGUCAUCCAUACUGGCCCUGGCUGCAAUAGAGGGCGUUCCUCUCCAACACGGCGCGUGUGUGUGCGUUACGGAGGGGCUCGUUGAUGCAUAUUCAACACCUGGUUUCGACAGCGAGAGCAUCACUUACCUCAGUUUUGGACAAUGUCUACGAUCAAACGGCCAGAGUUUGGAGAUGAACGGAGACUCCUGGUACAGUGUUAUGGUCAAGAAUGAGGAAAUCACAACUCCCCUGAUGUUAUGGGUUGCAGGCAGGUUCCUGAAGCAGGGCAACACCUCACAGUGUUCGUAGAGGCAGCUUCAAGGUUAUUGGCGGAACAUCUGUCCAGAGUGGACUGAUCUCCUGGUCCGUGGCAGUUGGUACACAAUAUGUCCAUAUAAUCAUCUUCACUGGUCCCAUUAAAUGUCAUCAUGUAG